AUGUCUCGCCGAACAGCAGUUGUUGAGGAGAUAUUCGACGAUGACACCGACCUACCUCUCCCAACCCGUCCCCUACCCAACACAGGCACGCAGGGUGCAAUCCUCGAAGAGCUGUCCGACGACGAAGACGACGUCCCGACGCUCGUCGAGCCCACCGCAGGUCCCGCGUCCCCCUCGCAGCCGCAGUUCACGCAACCCACUCCAGACCGCGAGGAGCAAGGCCAGAAGACGGUGACAGACAUCACGCCGUACAAAAAGUGGACGUGCAUAUACCCCAUCUACAUAGACGCCAAGCGCCCGUCGGGGCGCGGCGAGCGGCGCAUAGCGCGCUCCAAGAGUGUGUGGUGGCCGCUCAGCAAAGAUAUCGCGGAUGCGACGAAUAGGCUCGGGCUCGGCACGCUGCACGAAGUGCACAAGUCGCACCCGCGGGACUGGGAGAACCCCGGGCGGGUGCGUGUGCAGUGGAAGAAGGACGGGCGGCUGGUCAACUCCUCGAUCAAAACCAAAAAGCAGCUUUUGGAGAUGAUUUCCUUACAGAUACAAAUGCUCAAGCCCGAUAAUGUCCCAAAGCCUCCAUACCAUACCGCCGCGAGCCCGUCUGAGCCCGAGCAGCCUGCAGCAGCGCAGAAAGCUGCUCCUGUGACUAUAACGAAGGGCAAGCAAGCUGCGUCAAAGGCAAAGUCCACGGCGACCACUCCCCCAGCCUCAGCUGCUCCUGCGGUUCCUCCGUCAGCCCGCGGUCGACCAAAACCGCCAAGCCCGCCAAUGCCGUAUCCCCCUAUCACGAGCAGGAUAUCCGCCUAUUCUCCAGCAUUACCGUCGGGCGUGCUGAUAGAGACGAUUAAAGCUGGGAUGAACGCGCAGGAAGCGGCGCCAGCGGUGGGAGGCGGUGGUGGCAAGGGUAAAAGGAAGGUUGUGCGGGUGAGAGGAUGA